AUGAAUCGAAAUGAUGAUAAUAGUAAUGGUACUAUUAUCAAUUCUUCAACAACAAAAUCUAAAAACACAAUAUGUCAAUCAGGAAAAAUAAUUUUUCUACUUAUAUGUUUAUGUAAUAUGAUUCAAAAUGCUAUUGUUGGUGGUGCAAAUAAUGCUAUAAUGACAACACUUGAAUCUGGUUUUUAUAUGACAUCAACAGAAACAGGUUUAUUUCAAUCUGUUUUUGAACUUAUUGCUAUAUUUUCAUAUCCAAUAAUUGGUUAUUUUGGUGAUCGUAGUGGUAGAAAAGUACGUUGGAUAGCUAUAUCAAUGGGUAUAUUAUCUAUUGGUUUUCUUGUUAUGUCAUUUCCACAUUUACUUGAAUCAAAACGUGGUAAACCACCAUUAGAUUCACAUGUAGCAGAUCAUUUAACAUUAUGUAAUCGAAAUCGAACAAUAAGUGUUUGUUUAGUUUCGAAUAAUCUUAGAUUUUUAAGUCAUUUAAAAUAUGUUUUUUAUUUAUCAAAUGUUAUUAAUGCAUGUGGAUCAGCUGCUUUACCAACAUUAGCUGUAACAUUAAUUGAAGAUUUAUUUUCACAAGAAAAAGCACCUAUAGCUCAAGGCAUCUAUUAUGCAGUUGGUGGAAUUGGUAUUGGUCUUGGAUUUCUUGCUACUUCACAAUUUCUUAAAGUUUAUACAUAUAUAAAAAAACCUGUUUGGUUAACACCAAAUUAUUCUGAAUGGGUUGGAGCUUGGUGGCUUGUUUAUGCAUUAGGUACAUGUCUAAGUUUGAUUAUUUGUUUUAUUCUAUUUUUAUUUGACAUUCGUCGAUGUCAAUGUUAUUUUUCAUCAAAAAAAACAAAACAAUCUAUAGUAAAUCCAACAUAUAUUUUAAAUACAAAAACAAUAAUUGAUGAAACUCAUAUAUCACAUACAAGUUCAACAAUAAGAAAUUUUAGUUUAGGUAUAAAUAGUAUACCAAAUGGAUCAUUAUUUAUAAUAGAACAACCAAUAAUAAUUGAAGAAGAAUCAUUAAAAUCAAAAGAUAUUUUUUUUGAUAUAUUAUCAUUAAUAAAAUAUUUAUUAUUUAAUUUAUGUUAUAUGGGUAUUACUGGUUGUGCUGUUAUUGAAGCUUUAUUAAUAAAAGGUUAUUUAGCUUUUUUAAGUAAACAUAUUGAAUAUCAAUUUCGUACAACAUCAUCACAUUCAAGUGUUUAUAUGGGAAUUAUUUCAUUAUUUUCAGUUAUAUUUGGUACACCAUUAGGUGCUUAUUUUGUCAAAAGAUUUAAUAUGAAUGGUCGACAAUGUGCAAAAUUUUGUUGUAUUAUUCUUGCUACAUCAUCUGUGAUAUUUCUUGGUUUAAUGCUUCAUUGUCGUGAACCAACAAUUGGAACAACACAUUCCAUGCCUGUUAUAUCAACAGCAUUUGACACAGAUUUUUUUAAUGAACCUUUAAUUGAAUCAGAUCGAAAUGAAAGUCCAUGCAAACGAAAAUGCAAAUGCGAUAUGAAUAUUUAUCAACCAGUUUGUGAUUUAGCUAAACAAGAAACGUAUCAAAAUCCAUGUUUAUUAGGUUGUCGAAAAAUACUUAAAGGGCAAUAUGCUGAUUGUUUAUGUUUACCAGAAAAUAGUACUGUCAGUGUUGGUCGAUGUAAAGAACGUAAAUGUACAAUUAAUUUAGUACUUACAUUAUGUGGUGCAUUUAUUGUUAUAUUUAUGUCUUGUUGUGUUAUUAUUCCAGCUCUUAAAUGUAUAUUAGAUAGUGUUGAAACAACACAUCGAGCAUUUUCACUUGGUUUUAAAGCAACAAUAACAAAAUUAUUUGGUUAUCUACCAGGAACAAUUUUAUUUGGUACAAUUAUUGAUCGAACAUGUAAAACAUGGAUACGUGAAACAUGUGGAUAUAAAUAUCAAUGCAAACAUUAUCAUAAUAAACGUAUGGCUAUAUCAUUAGCAUUACUUGGAUUUGGUUUUCGAAGUUUAUCAGCUUUAUUAUGUGGAUUAUCUUGGUAUUCUUAUAGUAAAAUGUCUGAUAAAAAACAAGAAAAUAAAUCACAAAUUAUUACAACAACAACAAUAAGUACGAUAACAAGUGUUGAAAUAUAA